CCGGAUGGUGGAGCGGAGGUAGUCUGAGAGUCUGAGCUGAGAGAGCAGGGCGCGCGCGACAUCUCAGCCCGGUCUGCACGCGCGACGGUCGUUGGCUGUUGGCGGCACGCGCCGCGUUCUCUGCUCACUUUUAUUAACGGACUUUUCCCGCCGCCGCGUUUUUUCGGCCGUUACGGUUUGGGUUUCGUUUUUUUUUACCAGCUUCGUAUUUUUCUGGGGUUUUUUUUUAUUUUUAAAUGGCGCGAUUUUUAAAACUGAGCUGAACGCUCUCGCGGGCGUUCUGAGAGAAAGCGCGAGCCGUUUCAACCGUUAAAGCAGAGUCUCUCUCUCUUUCUCUCUCUCUCUCGCUCUCUUUCUCUCUCUCUCUCGCUGUUUCUCUCUUUCUCUCUCUCUCUCUCUCUCUCUCUCUCUCUCUCUCUCUCGCUGUUUCUCUCUUUCUCUCUCUCUCUCUCUCUCUCGCUCUCUCUCUCGCUCUCUCUCUCUCUCGCUCUCUCUCUCUCUCUCUCACCAUGGACGUUCUGGCGAACUACAGCAUUUUCCAGGAGCUCCAGCUGGUCCACGACACCGGCUACUUCUCCGCGAUGCCGUCUCUGGAGGAGAACUGGCAGCAGACAUGCCUGGAGCUUGAGCGGUACCUCCAGACGGAACCCAAACGGCUGUCGGACCUUUUCGAAGACGAACUGGACUGCCUGCUCUCGCCGGGCUUCACAAAAGCGGACAGUGAGGAGGACAUGAUGGACCCACUGCUGUCCACCCUCAGCAACCCUCCAAGCCCCCCUCCACCCCUUCUCAGUCCCCCUCGUGAGCCCCUUACAUCACCAUCAGCCCCUUUGCCUAGCCUAGACCUCGGUACCACGGUCAAUGCUGCCCAACUGAAUGCAGUCACCUCUCUGACCCCACCCUCCUCACCAGAACUGGGCCGGCAUUUGGUCAAGGCCGCUCACACUCUCUGUGCUUCGCCUGAUGGGACCCUAACGCUCAAGCUGGUGGCCAGAAAGGUAGCAUCUGCCCGGACCACUUCGCCUGAGCACGGGGGAGGCCACAGUGAUGGGGAGCAGGUGGGCUCAGCAGGGGGUGGAGACUUAGCAGAGAACAAGAAGAGGGUCCACCGCUGUCAAUUCAAUGGCUGCCGGAAAGUUUACACGAAGAGCUCUCACCUGAAGGCACACCAAAGAACACACACAGGUGAGAAGCCCUACAAGUGCUCGUGGGAAGGCUGCGAAUGGCGGUUCGCUCGGAGCGACGAGUUGACGAGACACUACCGCAAACACACCGGCGCCAAGCCCUUCAAGUGCGCCCACUGCGACAGGUGCUUCUCGCGGUCGGACCACUUGGCACUGCACAUGAAAAGGCAUAUUUAAAGAGGAGGAGCUGGCUCGAAAGCAAGGGAGAGGAAGCGAAAAUGGGAAUUUGGAGAGAGAGGGAGAGAGAGAGAGAGAGAGAGUGCAUAGGGGAAGAGGCACAGGUCUGUCUGCCUGUCACUCCAGCAGAAGACCCUGAAGGAUGCAUACAGAAGGCAUGAUUGAAUAUGCUGGAUAUACCCAAACACCCGCAGCAGGAGCGCGGGCUGGAAUGGUUAGGCCAGAUGACUUGGACCAUCCUGUGUGAGUCACACUGAUUUGCCUGGACCUUGUGGUCCAGGUUUGGAGAAUUGACACGACCUUGACUAGCCCAAUAAGAGCCAAUUAUACGGUGGAAGGAACAUAUACCACUUCAGCCAUGCAGAGCAGCAGUAAUGAAGUCCAGUUCCCUUCAGUUCGGACUCAAUACCAAAUUUUCUAGCAGCAUUGACUACAAAACCUUGUAUGCACUUUGUCAUGAGUCAACAUGGCUACAGCCUACUUCUGACACCAAUGCAUAACAUGGGAACGUAUCGUAUCUAUUGUAUAUUGCAAUUAACACAAAUGGGAACUUUGAACAAUGAUUCUGAAAUGCCGUGUUCUGAAGGAUGGUUCCAUUCGUUGACUAACAGUACUAUUUUCGUUCUGUCUUUUUGGGCCAACCGUUUGCUUCCUCAGUCCAUUGUUGGGAUCAAAAGUGUGAAUUUAGAAAGCGAAAGGUGAGCAGAUGGGAUCUCCUGUAUCAUUAUGUUGUGCACAGUGAACUGAUUUGAAGCGGUGGAACAAAAGACAUCUCCCCUUCUACAAAUAUGGACAACUCUCCCUCUCUCAAAUGUCCCUCCCCGCCAACCAACAGCUGCGCAGCGACACUUUUGGACCUUUCCUACAAAUGAAAAAUGCGUUCUUUGCUUUCGUCCUGUUGAUGUGCACAACGAAAGAACGGUUGCUAUUUGCACAAGUGCAAUGAAGAGUUAAGGAUUCUGCACACAGACAGCAUUUGAAAUCGGCUUAAUUCUUGGAAUGAAAGCCUACUUUAAUACUUGUGAAGGAUAAAAAAAAAAAAAAAAAAAAGCAAAUUUGUUCUUGCACACGUCUUGAGCGUCCCCCGGCGCUAUUUACGCUCCCCAGCAUUUUUUCCCCCCACACAGCUUGAUAUAUUUCUUCAGGCUGUCCAGGACUAGCAUGCAGUGAU